UACCAGCUAAUCCACCAUUAGGCUCUUUGCCCCCCAACACAAAAAUUUCAACUUUACUCUGUAUUUGGUCCAAGCUUCUUCUACUUUGUUCCAGGAUUUCAGCAUUUCGCUAAUGACGUUCCAGUCAACAGUUCGUGUGAUUAUCCUCAUGGUGUUCAUGUGGAGCCUUCUGCCCUUCUUCUGCCUCUGCAAAUUCAUAAAGACUGUUUACAACUACGUUUCACCCGGAGAAUCUGUCAAAGGAAAAGUCGUCCUGAUCACCGGAGCAUCCUCUGGGAUUGGAGAGCAAUUGAGUUAUGAAUAUGCAAAAAGAGGAGCUUGCUUAGUGAUUGUGGCCAGGAGGGAGAAUCUGAUCAAGAAAGUGGCAGAGGAAGCCCGGAAAUUAGGAUCCCCUGAAGUUGUCCCAAUCUGUGCUGAUGUAUGCCGGGUCGACGAUUGCAAGAAAUUCGUCGAGAAAGCAAUCAGUCAUUUUGGCCGAUUGGAUCAUGUUGUAAACAAUGCAGGAAUUAGCUGUUAUAGUCCAAUGGAAGAUGUUACUGACAUCACAAAACUUGCACCCCUGGUGGAUGUGAAUUUCUGGGGUUCAAUUUAUCCAACUUACUUUGCAAUCCCUCAUCUGAAAAAGUCAAAAGGAACCAUCUUUGUGAAUGCAUCAGCAACUGCGUAUCUGCAUGCAGCAGGACUCAGCCUAUACGGUGCAAGUAAAGCUGCUUUGGUCAACUUCUACGAGACAAUGAGAGUGGAAUUAGGCCCGGAAAUCUCAAUCACAAUCGCAACCCUUGGUUUCGUCGAUUCGGAGAUUACUAGAGGGAAGAACUUAAACACAAAAGGAACUCCAGAAUUCAAUCCAGAGCUAUCAGAUGUAAGAUAAAUUUCAUUUCAUUUACCCGGGUACUCUGGCAUUUAAUUACUGUUUUCUGGGUAAUCUCAAUAAAUUCACCUGUCAAUGUUUUUACUGCGUGGUGGGCCGGGCCUGAUGACGGUGGGUGGAUGGACAGGCAUUCAUCAAUAAGCUGCCGGUGAUGAGUUCCGAGGACUGCGCGAAAUCAAUUGUGAAGGCCGUAUGUCGGAAACAGAGAUACGUUACCAAACCGACAUGGUUCAGGCUUUUCUUCUUUUUGGAGACGUUGUGCCCGGAGUUGACUGAAUGGGUUAAUCGGAAUUCAUUUCACCAGUUGAAACUCAAAGCCCCGGAAGCAAAGCCAAUUUUCGGUCCACUAUCACCAUCUCUACAUAAAUCAGAUUAAUUGCCAUAACUUUUUUUCCCCAUCCCCAAGUAUUAUUAGUACAUAGUAGUAAAUACUCCCUCCCGUCACAUAGUUGUUAUCCAA